UGCCAAAUAUAAAAAAAACGUGUAAAUAAAUAGGAAGAUGAUUGGCUCUUCUCUAAUCAAACACUGUAGCGUGUUUAUAUGUUUAAAUAUAAAUGAUAGAGUUGCUCCAGUUGUUUGUUUCAUUAAAAUUAUUGAUAAGGGAUCGCAUUUGGUUUUAUGAAUGUUAACAGAUAGGCAUUUUGUGAUGCCCUUUGUUAUGUAAUGUUGAAUGAAGAUUUGACCAAAUUGAAAACUUUGCAUAAAUACAAGUUAUUUGCUUUGCAUUUUGAUCAGAUUCAUUUACACCUCAAAUCCGUUCAUUGCCGCCGAUAAGUAAUUUCAGUGAAUUUAUUAAGCCCAAAAAAUGUAUUUCAAGUUUUUUUUCGGUUGUUUCAUUGCAGCUUGUGCAUUUGAAGUCGCUGUGAGUAUGUCAUUUAACGUUGAAGUCGUACCUUCGCCAAAAACCCUUGUUGGUACGCGGACACACUGGGAUGCGGAUCAGCAGAGUUUAUAUUACUGCGAUGUUUAUGGCAAUGAUUCGGCUAUUUUGCGUUACGACUUCGAUGAAAAUAAAGUGUAUGCAGCGGGAAUUGAUGGAGAAUUGGUGACACCAUUUGUGAUUCCGGUGGCAAAUUCCUCGAAUGAGUUCGCAGUAGGUCUGGACCGACGAGUGGGCAUCGUACAAUGGGACGGCAAGUCACCAAAGGCUACUCUUGACUCAAUCGCAUUUGAAGUUGACAGUGACAAGAGCAACAAUCGCUUCAACGCUGCUAAAGCUGAUCCAGCAGGUCGCUUUUACGGUGGAACGAUGCUUUCUGAAAAGACGGGCGAUGUGUUGCAAAAUGCAGCCGGUAAAGUAUACAAAUAUAUCAAAGGCGAUAAUAGUCCUCAAGUGGUUCUUGACAACAUUUACAUAUCGAAUGGCAUGGCAUGGGACCAGAACAACAACAAAGUUUACUACAUCGACUCGGGCAAAUUUGAUGUCAAAGAAUACGACUAUGAUCCAAGUACUGGAAACUUCUCCAACGAGAAAUUGGUCAUUGAUUAUAGCAAUAAUGGCGCACAUCCCGGUUUUCUUCCUGACGGCUUGACCAUUGAUACAGAUGGCAAUUUGUACAUAACGUUCUACGGAGGAUCGAAAAUAUCCAAAGUUGAUCCAAAAAGCGGUAAAGUUCUCAUGGAUAUUCCAUUCCCGGUAAAGCAAGUGACUGCAGUAUCGUUUGGAGGACCGAAUUUGGACAUUCUAUAUGCAAUAACGGCCGCAGACGGGGACUCAUCUGAAUUUGCCGGAUGUUUAUUCAAAGUCACUGGAUUGGGUGCCAAAGGCUUCGCAGGCGAUAAAGUGAAAUUGUAAUUUGACCCAGUCUAUGAAUUGAAUUAUGUGUGAAAUGAUAGGAUCAAAUAAACAAUUUCGGUCAUUUA